UUUGAAUGGAUCUUAUUUGUUGGUUUCUGUUUAGAGCUAAGAAAACUGAGUUUUCAAAUUUUAUUGCCGUUUGAUCUCAUAUAAACAAAGACACCUGUGUCUUACGUCAUUGGAAAUGGAAAUUAACCUUAGUCAAAUAGUCACAAUACGUGUAUUGAAGACACUCUCUUACAUAUCCGUGGCAUAAAAUGGAAAUAAUAAGGAACAACAAAGUUUUUUAUUUUAUUUUAUUAUUUUUAAUCUCAUAAGUGUAAUUUGCAGUUAUUUAUAGUAAUUCCUAUAAUGCAGUUUGUUUGUGACUUUCCUUAUGUGGCCAAAAGUUCAACUUAUUUGAAUAAGCUAAGAACUUCAAAAUGGAAAUUAGUCACUUGUCACUUGUGACAUAAAUUGUGACCGUCCUUGUGUCUCCCAUUCCCAAAACACAGAGCUACAUUCUAGGGAAUUAAACCAGUUAAAGUACAUAAACCUGGAACCUAAGUUUUUGAAUAAUUAUCAUCAGAUUUCCAGGUCCAUUCUAAGCAACAUCAUGAAGCAGACACAUUUACUCCUUUGUCUAACUAGUUUAUUCCCAGUUGCUAUCUCAAUCCUUGGAGACAUCCCACACAAAUAUGACCUGAUCAUGACACCGAAGUCAUGGCCAGAUGCACAGAAUUACUGCAGGACAAUGUACAGUGACCUGGCAACAGUCAUAAGUGAUAGUGAUUGGCUAAGAUUGAACAAAGAAGCAGCAAGCAAAGGUCUGGCAGCAUCAGCCUGGGUCGGAGUAUAUGAUGAUUAUACUAGCUGGUGCUGGUCCCUAAAUGACCUUCGACUGAAGGAUGUCCUUUAUACAAGUUGGAAUAGUGGACAGCCUAAUAACGCUUUGUCAAUAGAAGCAUGUGUUAUGUUAUCUACAUCUGGUAAAUGGUUUGAUACAUAUUGCAAAUUUCUUAGAGCCUUCAUAUGCUACAAUGAUAGUUUCAGCGGCGCUGACAAGUUCAUUGGCAUCAAAAGUCUAGUGACCUGGCCUGAAGCUCAGGCUUACUGCCGAACAUAUCACACAGACUUGGCCAGCUCUCUUAACAGCUCGGACCAAAUCAUCUUAACACAGAUAAGAAAUAUCCAGGGUGACUCCUGGGUUGGCCUAUACAGAGAUACUUGGAAGUGGUCGGAUGGCACCACCAAUUUAAAGUUUGCUUGGGCUACUGGACAACCAGAUAAUUCUGAGAGAAUUAUGGGGUCCUGCGGAUCAGUUAAUAACGGAUUUUUCGGUGAUGAACCUUGCACCAACCUGCACUAUUUCUUCUGUCACACCAUUCCACCAAUGAGGACUUACAUAAAAUUGCAGUUGAAGUCUAAUGGAAAUGUGUUUGAUCCUGCUCUGCAGUCAUCUAUUUUAGAACUGAUUAAGCAAAAACUUGAACAAAGGGGAAUGCUGGAGGCCACCAAAGUGACCUGGAGGGUGCAGCCAGAUGGGAACAUCUUUCACAAGAAAAAAGCACCACCUGUAAUAUCUGAAUGCUUAACUGGUGUUUAACAGAACUGUUCAUUUAAAGCUUAAAUAAUUUCUAUAAAACCUAUAAUAAUCAAAACAUUUUUAGCAGUGUAAAUUUUUACACUACAAUAUACCUGUAAAAUGCAUACAACAACUAUAUGGAUGUGCUGCAAUCUUUCCAGAGUCUGUAGAGGUCUUAUUUAAACUGUACUAGAGAUUUGUAAAACAAAAAAAACAAAAAAAAGCAAACAAAGCAUUAUAAACAUUGUACCCUGUUUAUAUCAAACACUCAUAUAUUGUGUGCUUAAAGAUAAUAUAUUAAGUUCAUUUUACUGCCUAUAUUAUUAAGACUAUAUUUAUUGAGAAAUAACUCCAGAAUGUCAUACAGUUUGUAUGUGGUUAAUGCAAAUCAACACAAUUUUCAUUUUGUGCAAUAAAAGAUUUGUCCACAAGGUGGAAGCAGAGUCAAUGCAAAUAAUGAACUGAUUCGAUGAAGACUGGAAGAACACUGGGGUGGUUUUCCCAAAAUGUUUGUAUCUCAUUCUUAAGAAUUUUCUGUAAUUAAUGAAUGUUUCAAAAUAAAUAAGUAAAUAAAUACAUGAAUAAAAAAUAAUAGUAAAAGUAAAGUAAAAUAGACUUGUAGAUAAUUUAGAUAAUUUAGUAGGUCCUUCUUUAAGUUGUCUGUUAUUUGUCACUUGUCACUUGUCAUCAUCACCCCACUUUUUUUGAGCCACUCUUUGUUAUGAGAGCUAAAGCAGAUAUUCAACAGAGAAAUAACGACUCAUGUUUGCAGAUUAACCCUCAUUUGGUCCAAAUAAUAAUUUCCUAACAAAAGUUCAUAAUUACAAUCAUUUUUCUCCCUUUUAUCUAAAUUCAAAAUAAAUACAUAAAUUAGAAAUUUUCACCUGAUUUAUAAAAAGAGCUAUGCUCCAAAAGAAAAUUCUAAUUCACAAACUUAUAUUUAGUCGAAUAAUUCAUGUUUUGCAUGCAACUGCCCACAAGUAGCAUAAUGAGUAGUUUUUCACUUAUCCUAGUUAAAAAUGCACACCGGGUUGUAUUCACUAAGAAGAUUGAGCUUAGUGAAGCACUGUGCUGCCACAGUUGUUUGAUGACUAGUUUGGGAACUAAUGAUAGAGGAGAGGGGUACUUGAUGGUAGACUGGUUAAAGCCCCAGUAAUCAGUGAAUAGUCAAAGGCCACAAAGAAAUACCUGCUGAUGCAGGUGAUGUAGAAGGCCAGAUGUACCCUUGCUGGAGCACCUCCUCAGUGGACUCUUUCAUAGCCUUUUGUUAAGUGGAUGACAUGGGGUAAAUUUGUACACAGUGGCGUCAUAGCAAGCAGCAAGGCGAUGGCUUUAUACCAGCCUGGUGCUCAGAAGGCAGAUAGAAGCAUGGCUGUGUCUCAAGGAUUUUGAAGAAGAUGCUAGCAUGACUGUAGUCCUAUGAACAGAGUGGUUCUGGUAUUGUUUUUAAUUGACUGAGGCUAUAGGAAACUAUUAAAAGAAAAAGUUGCUCUAUCGCCACCAAUUGGUCAAAUUUGGGCCUGCUUUGGAAAUACAUUUAAGGUCAUAACAUUUGAUGCAUAAGUCCAAAAUGUAAAAAGCCAGACAAUCCAGGAUUCAUAUGGGUUUCCUCCUAUAUUAAAUUUUGAAAAUAAAAAAGUUAUGCUCCACCAUCAACAGAUGUUAUGCAACCAUCAACAAAUUUGACAGAAAUCAACUUCAGCCUUACUUAUGACAUCUAACAGAAUGUUCAGUACUCUAACUCUAAGCAGAAAUAUGCUGCAAAACAGGAACUAAGUGUAUCCCAGCAACAACAACUAUGUACACUGAUGCAAAACUUUUUAUACAUUGUCAGGAUCAUGACUGCAGUUUAUACAAAAAUGUUUGUGACAGUGCCACUUAUUGGUCUAAAGUAACAUGAUGAAUAUGCUCCUGUGUAUUUUUUUGUAAAUUUUGUCCAAUCUUCAUCAAAUUUCAAUCAUAUUAAUUUGAGGCUGGUGUGAACAAUAAAUUUUCAAUAU